UAUGAAUUAAGAAAUAUCAAGAGCUGAAUUAUUAUAAUGGGUCAAUGAUUUAUUAAAAACAACUAUUAAUAAAAUUGAAUAAUUAGGAACUGGGGCCAUUUAUUGUUAACUUAUAGAUGCAGUUCAUCCAGGGAAAAGUAUUUAAUUUUUUUAAUGAUUAGUUCAAUUAAGUAAAGUAAAUUGGAGAGCAAAAUAAGAAUAUGAAUUUGUUAAUAAUUUUAAAAUUCUUUAAUAAGCAUUUACAAAAUUGGGAUUAUAGAAACCAGUUGAAAUUGAAAAAUUGACUAAAUGCAAAUAUUAAGAUAAUCUUGAAUUUCUCUAAUGGAUGAAAAAAUAUAUUGACACUCAUUAUGUACCAAAAGACUAUGAUCCAUUGACAAAAAGAGGAAAUCAAGAUUUUGAGGAUCCUGACAAAUAAAUUAGAAAUUAAUCAAAACCUAAAGUUCUAACAAAAAAUAAUACUAAAGAUGUAUUAUAAUUUUUUAAUUAUAUUGUAGUAAUAGAUUAUUCAAAAUUUAUCUAAGAAUUCCUCUUUUGCAACAAUCUAAAUUUUAAAUAAUGAUUUUUCUAAUAAAGAAAAUAGAUAAGCUUCUAUGACAGAUUUAUUAUUAUAAAUUGAAACGUUGAAAUGUGAAAGAGAUUUUUAUUACUUAAAAUUAAAAGAUUUGGAUGGUUUAAUGGAAUAACACAUAUAAUAAGGAUUGACUGCUGAUUAAAUUUGUAAAGGAAUUAAAGAAAUCUUAUAUAAUACUCAUGAUAAAUCUAUUGUAGUUUAAUAAAAUGGAGAUUUAGAAGUAACUUAUUCUGAGAAUAAUGAAGAUUCAAAAUCUGAAAUCUGCAAAACAGAACAAAAUUAAUAAGAUGAUAUAUCCAUUAAUUGA